GCAGCAGCAGCUAGCGUGCUGUGUGAACAUACUAUGUGUGUGUGUGCGGUUAGAUCGUUGUGCAAACGCGCAGUGAGAAAGACCUCCCCAGCCCGCACUGAUUCAGUGUUUUGGAGCCUAACCUGUGGGUCGGUGCACCGCUCUGAAAAGCAUGAAAACUGGGAUCCAGCAGCUCACAGGACGAGAGAGAGGAAGGUGCACAAUCAGCGAGCUGAACCCUCAGGGCUGUCAGUAGGGAACCAUGUGCAGCUCCCUGAGCCCCAAACAGCCCAGCAGGCCCGGCCUCACAGACAUGCAGCAGUACCACCAGUGGCUGGCCAGCAGACAUGAAGCCAGCCUGCUGCCCAUGAAGGAAGACCUCGCCCUGUGGCUCAACAAUAUUCUCGGUCUGGAAAUCACAGCAGAGAGCUUCAUGGAUCGCUUGGACAACGGCUUCCUGUUGUGCCAGCUGGCUGAGACACUGCAGGAGAAGUUCAGGCAGAGUAAUGGAGGCCUGGCUGCUCAUGGAAACAGCAAGCAGAGUAUUCCUAAUCGGAAGAUACCGUGUCGGCAGAGCGCUCCCUCUGGCUCCUUUUUUGCACGGGACAACACAGCCAACUUCCUGUCCUGGUGUCGUAAGGUUGGAGUUGGAGAGACGUGUCUGUUUGAGUCAGAGGAUUUAGUUCUUCAUAAGCAGCCACGUGAAGUGUGUCUCUGCCUUUUAGAGUUGGGACGGAUAGCAUCAAGAUACAACGUGGAGCCUCCUGGCCUCAUAAAACUGGAGAAAGAGAUUGAACAAGAAGAGAAAGCUCCUCCACCACCUCCAUCACCUGUAUCCCCAGCACAGCCCCUCCCUCCAUCUCCCUCCUCAUCUCCUUCCCCGUCUCCUACUCCAACUCAAACCAAAGUCAGCUCCAGCAAGAAAAGUACAGGGAAGCUGCUGGAUGAUGCUGUAAGAAACAUCGCUGAUGACCCGCCCUGCAGAUGUCUGAAUAAAUUCUGUGUGGAGAGGCAUUCACAGGGUCGAUACCGUGUGGGAGAGAAGAUGCUUUUUAUUCGGAUGCUGCACAACAAACACGUGAUGGUGCGUGUUGGCGGAGGCUGGGAGACCUUUGAGAGCUACCUGCUGAAACAUGACCCAUGCCGCAUGCUCCAAAUCUCUCGGGUGGAGAGCAAGACUUCCCCCGUCAGCGUUAGCAAGUCCCCCAGUAUCAAGGACCUCACACCUGACAGCUACCUGGUGGUGGCUGCACACUACCGCAGCAAAAAGUGAAGACAAGAGACUGCAGAGUGCCAUGAAUGAAAGGACACAGUCAACGGAGGAGGAGCUCUUGCAAAUGUUUACUCCUAAAUGGAUGUAGCUAACUAAACAAAUCCCUGUUAACAGCAAAUUUCAGCAGCGGACACAACUGGAGUCAUGGAAAACACAUGUGGUCAUGUUAGAGAAAAUUAUGUGAUGUGUGUUCAUGUGCAGAUUAAGACUGGAAUCACUCAAAUACACCCAUGAAAAUGUACUAUAUUUAGUUAAAUAAAUCUGUAAACAGCUAUGAAAUGGGCCGGCAAUAUAAUAAGUAAAGUGGGUAAAAGUUGUACAGUAAAAUCUGGGGUUGAUUUUACAAUCACUAAUUGUGUUUUAAGCAAUAUAUCUCUUUAAGUAGGUAUGACCUUUUUGUUUUCUUUACUCCUUUCAUGCUAUAUAUCCGGCCUGCAGUACCAGGCUGAGCUUGUGUGUUUGAAGAUGAACUUUUUUUUGGUUAAAAUUUAAAAAGGGGAGUUUUUUGCAUUUUUUAAGGAGCCGGUAUUCCUUGGCAAAUGUGUGCGAUAUUCAAAAGUAAGUAGACAUUUUUUAUCUAGGGCAGUGUCUUGUCCUAUUGUUAUCAUCAUGCCAUUUAAAUGAUAUUAUUUUACUUCAUGUCUUAGUGUUCUAAUAGCAUGGCUGGCUUACGUGGGCAUCCCGCUAAGGUUACAAAUUGAACUUUAACUUAAAUAUCAGAGGAGUGAGUGGAGAUCUGAGUGUCCAAAGAAAUGUUAUUUACCAAAUGUUUUACUCUUACUCCACAGUAUAGUAUUCUUGCAUCACUGCCAAUCCUCUUAGAAAGCAGCCAAAGUGGUCUUAAAAUGUUUUGAGUUUUUGUUUAUAAUGUAUUUCUUAAUGGGAUAAGAAAAUUAAGCAAUAUUUAGAUUACUCUUUCUAUGCAAUUCAUUUGUAUACUAUAAUCAUUUAGUUAGGAUAGUACCUGUUUCAUAAAAUGCCAUGACCUGUUCACGAUGCAGUAUGUUCAUUUUUGAUUAUCAUUACGGUACAAUCACUAAUUUAUGUAAUGUUGUGAUUUGUUGCAUCUUACUGACCUCUAGUGCUAUCAAUCAUUGUUUCUCCAAGUUGAUUUUCUCACAGUUAAUAGAUACAUUUUGUCAUCUUAUGUAUUAGUUUGCACAAAGUCUUCUUAAAAUGUGAGGUUGGUAUGAGAUCGGUGUCUAUGCAAAGUAAUCCAAAGGUUUGUAUGUUUGAUACGCAAGUCUGAUUUCUGUUUCAAGAGGCAAGUUUUCAAUAAAAUUGUCAAAACUUUAAACUUA